CGCUGGGACCGUGAAGGUAGCACCCUGGGACCGUGAAGGUAGCACGCACACCCAUAGAAGUCCGAUUUUUACUCGCGUGAGAGCGAGAAAAGUUUGCAGUCACAACUUUUUUUUUAUUUUCCCACCCCCUUUCUCUUUCUCUCCCAGCGAGUUGCCAAAAGCGUCCCAACAUCUGGAGGACGAGGGGCGAGCCGGAGAACGUUUUUCGGGAGGCGGGGAGGAAGAGUCGAGGGGCAAAACGGGGAUCUCGAGUGGAGGAAAAUGCACUGAAAUGUUACGGGGUUGUUUUUGGGUGGGGGGGGUGCACUUAACCGGCGUGCUGUGGAUAAGCUCCGUGGAAGUGUGUAGAUAAGAGUGGAGGGGGGCGAGGAGGAGGGAGGAGGAGGACUCGGAGGGUGAGAGAAGCCCACCUGGAGAGGUCAGAGAAUGAAUUAGCCAAAAGCUUCGAUAUUCCGCGACCCAUCCACACACACAAGGCUAGCUCUCGGGCCCCUCCACCUCCUCGGAAAAGAGCCAGGCCUACGCCCAUGGAUGAGGAGAGGAGUGCUCCCGCCAUCUCCCCAGAGCCGCCAGAUGACGGGGACCCGUGUCCAGCAGCGCCCUUGACCAGUUUACACAUAAAUGCCAACAUCGAGAUUGAAAAUAGCACCUUGAGCCCAGCGACAAGUCGUGGUAAGAUAACAGAUGUGGCCAACACCUACACUGAGCCCCUCAUAUUGAGGUCAGAUGUCAUCCCGGAGAGGACACAAGGUAACGACGAAGGCAAAUGCAAAAACAGCCUCUCGCACACGGAGCUACCGACACCCAGCAGGAGUAUCACAUGUCAACCGGCAGCCAGAUCCGCACCCAUCCACCCCACCCAGCCUUGUCGGACGCAACCUAGCAGCCAACUACGCAACGGAACCAAACAUCAUGCGCACGCACACUCCCCUCACUGUCCACAUCCCACGCCUCACACACACUCGCUCCAGUCUGCCGGCGACAGGAAUGGGGGCCCUCAUCCAAAACUGGGCUCCCUCCCAAGAGGAGGCUCAUCCACCUCCUCCUCCUCCUCGGCGGGGCCCAGGAACGGCAAGAAGUUGCAGUCUAACCCCUCGAUCACCUCCCAGAGCAGCAAGAGGAGCAAAGGAAGCUCCAAAAGUAGCUCCAAGAGCAACAGCUCCCAAAUUCCCACGGAGGCACAGGAUGACUGCUGCGUUCACUGCAUCCUGGCCUGCCUCUUUUGUGAAUUCCUAACGCUGUGCAACAUCGUGCUGGACUGCGCCACCUGCGGCUCGUGCGCCGGCGACGACUCGUGUUUCUGCUGCUGCUGCGCGUCGGAGGAGUGCGGUGACUGCGAUCUGCCGUGCGACAUGGACUGCGGCAUCAUCGACGCCUGCUGUGAGUCCGCGGACUGUCUGGAGAUCUGCAUGGAGUGCUGCAGCCUUUGCUUCUCCUCUUGAGGUCACGACGCCCGGGAGGGGGUGCCACACACUCUGUCUUUAAACCUCGCGCCACAAAGCCUACGAGCAACUUCGAUCAGCACCUUGUCAAAGCUGCAAAGUGCCGCAUUCAGUCUUUUGUUGUCAUAGCUUGGCCGGGAAUUAGAGGCUCUCACUCUAUCGGCUCGCCUUUUUGGCGCCAUAAUACGAAUACUGUAUGUCUCUCACAAAAGACCCUGAGAGCAGUCAUUUUACGGAUCGAACCGGAUCUGGGCGCGCGCUGCAGAGUUUCGGCCGCGGUCCGCUAGCGCGCGCAGACCGGAUUGUUCCAACGGGAGCCCCUCGUGUCGUGUAAGUGACUGGGAGUUCUCCGAGCGUGAAAAAUGACCUCCAAAGGCAAAUGAGAAAAUGGAUCCAUUUAACCGGAUUUUAGCGUUUCUGUUGAUAAGAGCGGCAAACGUAAUGGAAAAAUUGAAGCUCUGCUCUCUGUAGAACUGUCGGCGUCUGUCCUUGGCAAGGUUAACGUCUUCCCGUUUGAUUGCGCGCCGUGGCCUUUGUGACACGCGCGGCCCGAGAGGCUGAUGUCGGAUCCAUUGAUGUCUUUGUCGGCGGAGAAAUGUACAAAAACAGAGAAUAAUGGUGGCUGGUGGCGAUAUUCGAGACGCAUUUCCUUUGUUCGCAAAGUGUCUCAUUUAACAGGCGUAAUCAGCGAAGAAUCAUGAGAGAGUCAUUCAUCAGCUUGCAGAUGGAGCGCAUCAAAUCAGGAGCGUUAGUGACGGACAUCAGCGGGCGACGCUUGAUGGCAUUUUUUAAUGGUCACAUUCUCUUGCUUCACACGUGAAAGCGAGAGCCCGCAAUCAAACGUCUCUCCUCGUUUCCGAGUUCACAUCCUGUUUACUUUUACAUUAAUUUGAGAAGUCCUCCUCGUCCAAAGGACCGCAAUGGAAAGCAAGCGUCUCUCUUGAACAACGUUUCAUCUCUCUUUGUUAAUGCUCGUCAUGUGAACAAACGGCCAUCUCAGCUUAGCUCACGGCCUCCAUUUCCAAGAAGAUUCCAAAUCUCUAUUAAUCCUUUUUUUUUUCUUUUGCAGAGGUGGGGGGUAGAUUUUAGUUAAGAUAUUUGCAUUUCUCCUCUAAAUGUGAAAAUCACAUUUCUUCUCUUAUCAGGCUUGGCCAAGCUAGCUGUAGAGCAGGUACUGCUGAACAUCUAAUUGAAUUCCGCCGGUGCAAAUCUCAUCUGGCAUUAUGCUAAGUUGGACCCGCACGCCUGCGGUAUGAAUGGUACACUUUUGAUAACAGGCCCCAACUCUCAUACCGCCCGCAAAACACUCUCUCGGAAAUGACAUGAUACAUAUCUCCCCUCAAACAGUCCCGUAUUUGGUGCAAUUUUCUUUCUUAAAAAUAACCAAGGUUAUUUUCACUCGGAAUGCAGUUUCUUGACUUAUAAACGUGUGUACAUAGACGUGUUUGUUUUACAUGAUGACGGAGAAGGGAAAUUCAACUUGAGGGGCCGACUUUGUCACAAAUACACCGCGCGGGGAGGAAAAUGGAGCUCAUCGCAGCAACGCAUAAAUGCAAGUUUCUGGAAAUGAACAAGUGCAAACUGGAGAAGAUUUGAUGACAAAGAAGUGUUUCAAAUUUUCCCGACGUGUUGAAAAUCCUGGAAAGCCCUGGAACACAAAGCGAUAUUUUGCAGACAUUUAUAAAGGGACGACUGGAUCCUAAAAGAUUACAGACACGUGGAGUUGUGUCAUGUUUGGGGUAAGAUACAAACUUGUAAAAAGCACUUUAACUGGGAACACUUUCUUUCUCACAAAGCAUAGCCAUUAAAAUUUUAUGGGCAAAGCAAAAACCAAAGGAAAAUUAAUAUCAGUCGAGCUACUGCACCCAAACGGUCUCAGUGUUUCCACUGAUGACAAGAGCACACAACAUUUCGUGUUUGUUAGCUUUCUUUAACACUGGUAAUGUCUACUCGGCUCGGGCCAGCUAUGACGUCGACGCGUUUGAUUUCAUGUCAUAACGAACGUAAGCGAGCUUUAAAUCAGCACGCACACAAACAUGUCCGUGUUAUCAAUUACAGUUUGUGUUUCGUGGUCAUCAAAGUUUUCUUUGAGCACGAGUCUUGGAUGCAACGUCGGUAACGUAUUAGAUGAUGCCAAAUAGGUGAUCGUAACUCGGGGUCGCCAAAUUUCGCUUUUUCAUGACAGGCCACUGGAAAGUCCAACAUGUGAUCAUCCGGAUGCGGGGUAAAGAUUGGUUGGUUGGUCUGGAUAUAGAGAACUCGGUCUGGAAGUUGAUAACAACCCCCCAAAAAACUCAUAUGGAUAAACAUGUUAAGGCUUUUUAAUGCUGGAAAAAUAUUUUGUUGUACCAUAGCAUUUAUUCUUUGGU